GAUAGUCGAGCAAGACUGACUAUCAAGCUAGCUAAUAGUAUUAAUGUAUAUGCAUGUAGCAACUAGCUAAAUAGCUAGCUAUCUCUUUUAGCUAUCGCAACUAACAUUUUAACCUCAACUAACGUGGCCAACACACACACACAAAAUCUAGCUACCCAUCAUGGCACUGAGAAGCGCUGUGUGCCGUCUGCUGGUCAACCCCCAGAGAUGUGCCAUCAUUUUAGCAUCAAGAUCACAGGGAUCAGCAGCACCUGCACAAAAGGAUGCAGAGAAAGCUAGUGAGAAGAAGACUAAAGCACCCAAGGUUCAGUUUAACUGGCGGGAUGGCCUGGAGCUGGAGGGUCAGCUGACUGAGGAAGAGAUCAUGAUCCGAGACUCGUUCCGUGACUACUGUCAGGAAAAACUCAUGCCCCGCAUUCUGAUGGCCAACAGAAACGAAGUGUUCCAUCGGGACAUUGUGUCAGAGAUGGGGGAGCUGGGUGUCCUGGGCCCAACCAUUAAAGGCUAUGGCUGUGCUGGGACGAGCUAUGUGGCCUACGGUUUGAUCGCAAGGGAAGUGGAGAGGGUGGACAGCGGCUACCGCUCUGUCAUGAGUGUGCAGUCCUCCCUGGUCAUGCACCCUAUCUACGCAUAUGGUACCGAAGAGCAGAAGGAGAAGUGGCUGCCCAGGCUGGCUCGUGGAGAGAUCCUGGGCUGUUUUGGGUUGACUGAGCCCAACCACGGCAGUGACCCCGGUGGAAUGGAGACCCGGGCCAAGUUCAACCCCUCCAGCCGCACCUUCACCCUCACCGGCUCCAAGACCUGGAUCACCAACUCCCCUGUGGCGGACAUCGCUGUGGUAUGGGCCAAGUGUGACGAUGGGAAGGUGCGUGGCUUCAUCCUGGAGCGCGGUAUGAAGGGCUUCACCACACCCAAGAUCGAGGGCAAGUUCUCCCUGAGGGCAUCUGCUACCGGCAUGAUCAUCAUGGACGAGGUGGAGGUUCCUGAGGAGAACCUGCUGCCCAAAGUCUCUGGCCUGGGGGGUCCCUUUGGUUGCCUUAACAAUGCCCGGUAUGGCAUCGCCUGGGGUUCACUAGGUGCUGCAGAGUUCUGCUUCCACACGGCCCGUCAGUACACACUAGACAGAAUCCAGUUUGGAGUGCCCCUGGCCAGAAACCAGCUGAUGCAGAAAAAGAUGGCCGACAUGUUGACAGAGAUCACCAUUGGCCUGCAGGCCUGUCUACAGCUGGGGAGACUCAUCGACGCCAAGAAGGCAGCCCCUGAGAUGAUCUCUAUGCUGAAGAGGAACAGCUGUGGGAAGUCCCUGGACAUUGCCCGGCAGGCCAGAGACAUGCUGGGAGGAAACGGCAUCUCUGACGAGUACCACAUCAUCCGCCAUGUUAUGAACCUAGAGGCCGUCAACACAUACGAAGGUACCCAUGACAUCCAUGCCCUGAUUCUGGGAAAAGCCAUCACUGGACUACAGUCUUUCACUGUUAAUAACUAACAGCCUGCUGCUAGUGCUCAAACAGACCACUAACAGAAACCUCAAGUAAAUCUGUUCCUUAAGCAAAGGACAAGUAGUUCUACACUGCUUUGAUGGCUUGUCAUCUACAGUAACGCUAAUGUUUCCUGUCUCUUGAGAAUAUGUACAUUGGGUGCCGGUUUCCCGGACACAGAUUAAGCUUAGUCCUAGACUAAAAAGCAUGCUCAAUGGAGAAUCUCGAUUGAAAUAGCUUUUUAGACCAGAAUUAGGCUUAAUCUGUGUCCGGCAAAACAGUAUUUUAUGCGAAAGACCAGGUCGGGUUUUAAAGCCAAGUCUAUCAUUGGUCUCAUGGACAAUUCAUGAGUGUAAUUAUUUCAACUUAUAAAAACAAAGCUAUUUUUCUACUCUGUCAUAAAACCCUAGUGCUUACUGGUUUGUUUGCACAAUUUCGAACUACAAUGUGUUUGUAAUAGUUUACUAUAUGGUGGAAGUUAAGAUGGUUCAGAAUGAAUAGCUUGUUUCCUCACAGAAAUUGUAGUAAAAUGGUUGUCGGACAAACAUUUUAAAAUGAGGUCAAGGUCAGUAUGUCCUGAGUUUUUAGAACUGUGAUGGUACUAAUGACCAAUUAUUGGUCAUUGAAUGCCAAAUAAUGUAUACUGCAUUUACUGUUAGAGUUUAAAAAAAGAGUUAAAUCAAUUGAUGAAGUCUCAAAUUUAAGUAAAUAAGUUAAAUUAAAGCAGUUUAAAUAAUCAUGCCAUUGCUUUUUUAGUAAUUGGAAAGUUGUAUUUGUGACUUACCAUUUAGGCAGAUCAGAGAGAUUUUUAUUUUGGGGUACAGGACAAUGAAUGCGGUUUGCACUUUAUUAAGUUUGUUCUCCUCAGAACUCAACCAGAUAUAAAUGUUAUGCAUGGUUUUAAUUGCAUUGUCAAAGGUCAAGGUUAAUUCAAGCUUUUCAUAAAUAAUGCUUAUUGCAGUACUUUCAUGGUUGUUGCAAUUUCCUUUUGCUAGCAAAGUAAUAAUGCUCACUAUUAUCUAAUGCUAAAUUAGGUCUCUUGUUUAUAAAUUAAAAUACUUGUAAUCAACAGGUGGUCCAUUUAAUCCAGGGUGGUUGGGGGAUUUUUGGAUUACUCAUCCCUCAUUUCAUUGUGGUCUUUUGAACGUUCCUUUUUUAAGUAACAUGGAGUGUUAUAAAGUGAAUCAAAAAAGAAGAUGGUGGGGGGUUAUUCCACAGUGUCUUUUGGGUCCCUUUUACAUUUUAAAUAGAAAUUGUGAACCAAUUUUGAAUUUUAAAAGCCUGUUACAUGAAAUGAAGUGCCCUUUAAUAUAGACCGCAUGGAGAAUUCAGUAAAUCGGAUUUGUAUUAUGAAUAAAGACUUGAUAAAUAGCCUAAAUUCA